UUGUUGUUAAUCAUGGCAUCUACGGCAGUAAAAGUAGCUGGUGCUGUUAAAGACAUUUCCCCUAUUUAUUAUAGAAUUUUAUCUAAAUUUCCGCAGAAUUUCACAUUCUGCUUUGCUUAUGGAUCAGCUGUCAAACCUCAAAUAGGCAAUCAAAAGAAGCAUAAUAUGAUCGAUCUCAUAUAUUGUGUUGACAAUUCCUAUCGAUGGCAUGGUGCAAAUAUUGAAAUGAAUCCAUCUCACUAUUCUGCACUUCGUUUUCUUGGCAAAGGUUUUAUUGCGAGAUUCCAAGAGAACUGGGGUGCUAAAGUUUACUUUAAUACUUUGGUAAACAUCAAAGAAGAAAAUGUCACUAUCAAGUAUGGCGUUGUUUCACAGAAAGAUCUUAUUACUGAUCUCCUGGAUUGGAAUCACUUGUAUCUGGCUGGCCGCCUUCACAAACCUGUUGAAAUCAUCAAGCAAACUAACAGUUCCCACCUUCAAAAUGCACUGCAGUCGAAUUUACGUUCAGCCGUUCAUACAGCUCUAUUAAUGUUGCCAGAAUCUUUUUCUGAAUAUGACUUCUAUUUUGCAAUAUCCAACUUAAGCUACGCUGGAGACUUUAGAAUGACUUUUGGUGAAAAUAAAAACAAAGUUCGAAACAUAGUACAGCCGCAGUUACUGAACUUUCGAGAGCUGUAUAGACCAAUCUUGCAGCAAUUCCAUGCGUAUGUAGACUUUCCAACAGGAGAUGGUCAAUGUCGCCAAGACAUAAAUCCAGAAACUAAACUCCAUCAUCUAAUGCAGCUGCCAAUGGUUCCACAACAAAGGAUAGUGAAGUUUUGGAAUCAUGGUGGACUUCAACAAGACAUGGAGGAUGUUCUCCGAGCUGUAGCUUAUGACAUAGAUUGUGCUAUUAUAUUAAGGCAAAUUUUAAAAGAUCUAGUAUGGCAGUCAAGUGUUAGACAAUCAUUAAAGGGGAUCCCUACAGCUGGAAUUCUUAAGUCAAUACGUUAUAGUGCAAAGAAAAUUGCAAAAAUGUUUUAAUAAAAAAUUGUAAAUAUAGAUUAAGUUGCAAAAUAGUGGAAAUAAUAAAGUGUUUCAAUUAUUUAAGUUA